UCAACAUUAACUAUUCGAAUAUAAAAUAUCGAUUAGAAAAUAAAUAUAACGAUUUUCUAAGCCAUGGCUCAGCAAAUUUCGCCAUUUUUCCGCUCGCCAUUCACAGACUUGACCGGCGGGUUGGUUUCCCACCAGCUCUUCGGUCGUUGCGCUACCAUGGAGAUGGACAUGAUGGAUUGCCUGGAGGCGUAUGGCCUGGACCGGGGCAUGAGGAAGUGUAAGGACCUCAUUGAUGAGUUCAAGGAGUGUCAUACUCUAACUAAGCAGAUUAAGAGGUUCUAUGCGAUGCGCACCGAACGUGAACGACAAAUAGCAGAGGGGAAACUGAAAGGAGAUUGCCGAUACGUGACGCCUAAGAUAGACAGUUUCUGAGUUAUGGACGGACCUCUUUGUGUAUUUAGGUAUUUGGCAGAGGUUUAUG